AUGAAGAUUGCAAAGGACUCAGGCCUCUCUGUGAGAGUCAAGGAGCACUGCUACACUCAAUUCCCACCGGUGUGUGACAUAAACAAGUACGCAGACUGGUACAGAGUGGGGUCCUACUGCCUCAAAUAUUUCAACACAUCCCUCAACUUCUCGGAUGCUGAGUUUUUCUGCAGAAAUGCGGCCCCUGGUGGACACUUGGUGUCAGUGCACAGUGAGCAGGCCAACACUGACCUGCUCUGCAUCGUCAUGAAACAUAACGCCUCGCACCCCCGUAUCUGGAUGGGCGGCAUGGAACUGUUCCAGUCAAAUAAAUUCAUCUGGAUAGACGGCUCCCGUUGGGAAUAUCAAAACUGGGUCCCCGGGCAACCUGACAACACUCGGAACAAAGAGGACUGCGUGGAGAUGAACUGGAGUCGCACAGGGAAAUGGAACGAUGAUACUUGCAGCAAUAAGAAAACCGUGGUGUGUUCCUUCAAGAGCAGAGUGUGAGAAACACGAUCGGCAGGGCCAAUCGAAUGGCUGCAUCGAAUGGCUGCUGUUGGCAGAGGACGGGGUCACUUUGUGAGGACGGGAGGAGGGAGAAAUGAAAGAGGAUCACGUGUAAGAAGAAGAGGGAAAGCGAAAACGGUCUUCAUUGCUUGGCUGAAUUUAGUGUGCUAUUGCUUUUCACACUGCUUGGCUGAAUUUGUAAUGAUACACAAAAAAAAAAGAAAAGAAAAAAAA